GCCACAACAUUUGCUUUACAUGGCUAUGAAAAUACUACGGCUACGCGUUUCUGAAGGUUUGCAAAACACAUUUAAAUGUGUAGGAACUGCAAAUAUAACCCGUGGAAUGUUGAAGGACCGAGAAUUCUUGGAAUCCUGCAUUGAGCGUAACUUGUCGUUCCUCAAGUCUAUUCCAAAUUCAGUUCAAUAUUGGCAACAACGCAAACAUGACGUUUUUGCAAUGAUUCGCCAACUCAGAAAGCCAACAAUGUUCAUAACAUUGAGUGCCAACGAAACUCGAUGGCCUAAUUUGUUGCGAAUUUUAUAUAAACUCGCUAACGAACAUACUAUCGACUUGAGCGAUCCUAUAGAGCAAUUAUCUGCUCUUCAGCGAACUAUGCUCGUAAAUAAUGAUCCUGUUACCUGUUGCAUUUAUUUCAAUAGGUUAGUUGAAACUUUAUUAAAUAUUUAGCCCAUUUGGCAAAUACUAUGUUGUUGAUUAUUUCAAACGAAUAGAGUUUCAACACCGUGGCAGUCCCCAUGCUCACCUUUUGUUAUGGUUGAAAAAUGAUCCUCGAGAAAUACAUUCAGAGGACAUGCCCGCUACUGUGGAACUUAUAAAUUUACUUUGUUCCGUUAGUACCAAUGGAAAUCAAAUCCAUAAACAUACAUUCACUUGUUACAAGCGAAAUGACAAAGAAUGUCGAUUCAACAUCCCUUAUUGGCCAAUGGAUCGAACUAGAAUGUUGUUGCCAAUGGAAUCGACUAAUUCGCGUCGUAGCCAACUAAAAGCGAAAGGUAGGGAAAUGCACGAAAGAUUGAACAUAAAGGUGUAUACAACACUGGAUGAAUAUCUUUCUGAUUGUAAUUGUUCGUACGAUAACUACCUGGAUGUUAUUCGUGCUUCUUUACAAAGACCCACCGUUCUCUUGAAGCGAUCCAUGGAAGAACUAUGGACUAAUCCUUACAAUCCAUGGGUUGCUAACCAACUACUCUCAAACAUGGAUCUUCAAUUUAUCAUGGACGAAUAUUCAUGUGCUGCGUAUGUUGUGGAAUAUGUAAAUAAAACAAACAGAGGCAUUAGUAACUUGCAUCUCGAAUUAAUCAAGCUCCAAGAAGAAUACCCUGACCAAGACUAUUGUUCAUUACUGAAGAAAGUCAGUAUUAAAAUGCUGAAUUCAGUAGAAAUGUGUGCCCAAGAAGCUGCUUGGUAUUUACUGCGACAGCCAAUGUCAGAAGCCAGCAGAAAAGUUGAAUUUAUACCAACAAUGUGGCCACAUGAACGAAUAAAAUCAAGAAAACACACAAAACGAAUGGACGAAGAAGGUAUUAAUGAUGACUCGACCGAUGUGUGGACACUUAACAUAAUACAAAAGUAUGAAAAGCGUGAGGGUCUUGACGACAUUUGUUUGGCUGAUUUUGUAUCUUGUUAUACUAAGGAUAGAAGUAGUAUAAACACUUAUAAACGGCGAAGCAUCCCUCGAAUAGUGCGAUGGAGAAAAUAUAAAAUGACCGAAUUAAACGAUUUCAAGCGUGAAAUGGUUCUUUUGUUUCAACCAUUCCGGAAUGAAACUUGCGAUAUUCUCGAUCGCAACAACUUUAUUGAAUUGUAUGACCAAAAUGAGGCAUUCAUAUUGAAUAAACUGAAAGAAUAUGAUUGCAAUAUAAAUCUCCAGCAUAUCGUCGAAGAAUAUCUUCGUAUAAACGAAGAAAUUGAAUCUGACGAUCUACAAAAUGAAACCAACGAUAAACACAACGAAUUCGUUCGAGCUAUUGUCAUGGAGCCAAACGAUGAUGAUAUCGAACAGUUGCCCACUGGUGCUCUAUCAGCGGUUGUUAAGAAACGUACCAAUGUUAUGAGCAAGUUAGAGUAUUGCGCUAUGGUGAGGGCUACAAAUGUAGAACAACGUAAUUUGAUUCUACAUUUAAUUGAUAUCUUGCAUAGUUUCGACGGAAUGAACAUACCUUUGCAAAUAUUUUUCACUGGUCCUGCAGGAUGUGGUAAAACCUUCACACUUCGUAUUUUGAUGGAGACGUAUAAUCGUUUCAGUCAAUCCCAUAAUUCGCUAAAAAAAAUGCAUAUGUUGCUUGUGCCUCCACAGGAAAAGCAGCGGUAGCUAUUGGCGGCACUACAGUUCAUUCCGCUUUUCGUAUUACAAUGGCGCGUAGACAUAAUUCGAAACUUGGAUUUGAAACUCUUCAACUAUAUCGUAAUGCUUUCGCAGGAAUAAAAGCAAUCAUUAUUGAUGAAGUGAGUAUGAUAGGUGCAGAUGUACUUAAUACCAUUCAUUCUCGAUUGCAAGACAUCACUGGUAACUUUGAUGAUCCGUUUGGAGGAAUUCACAUUAUAUUUUGUGGUGAUCUUCGGCAAUUGCCACCUGUUAAUGCUCGACCAGUUUUCAAACCAUGUCGAAAUUCUUUUCAAGGGCCUGUACUAUGGCAAUCCUUAAAUUUCUUUCCAUUAGUGCAAGUUAUGCGUCAAACCGAUGUUGAAUUUUCCACCAUACUAACCAAAAUUGGUAAUGGCGAGGCCCUUACUAGCUCUGAAACUGAGCGGAUUGAGAGCCGAUUUCGAACAGUCGACUGGUGUAGACAAAAUGUACCGAGCGCAAUACGUCUCUUUCAUCGUAAUAUAGUACAUCCAUACCAUCUUUCCCCUUUCGCAGCUCACACCGAAUGAGCACGGUUUUCAUCAUGGUGUUCCUAUUUAUUGACUUUACAAUGCAGAUGGAAGGACGUCCUUUUGUUCGAUAAAUGAAAAUAUUUUCAUCAUUCGUUUUGGUGUAGCUUUCGCUUAGUGGCAGAGUUGCCACAUUCACUGAUUUUCUUGGAAGGAUUUGCAAAAACCUUCGGGUUUGUAGAUUGGAAACACAUUUUCUUAUGAUUCACUGGUAAAAGUACAGAAUUACCAAGCGCAAACUUAAUACUAGUUAAUAAAAGAAACUUUCUAAUUAAAUUCUUUUUCCAUUUUGCCUUCGUCCUGAUAAGGACGGUUUGUCUAUGUUGAUACAAGACGGGAAUCUUUUUAAACAAACAUACGAUCUUUCCCCUUUCGCAGCUCACACCGAAUGAGCACACUUUUCAUCAAGCUGUUCCUAUUUAUUGACUUUACAAUGCAGAUGGAAGGCCGUCCUUUUGUUCGAUAAAUGAAAAUAUUUUCAUCAUUCGUUUUGGUCUAGCUUUCGCUUAGUGGCAGAGUUGCCACAUUCACUGAUUUUCUUGGAAGGAUUUGCAAAAACCUUCGGGUUUGUAGAUUGGAAAAACAUUUUCUUAUGAUUCACUGGUAAAAGUACAGAAUUACCAAGCGCAAACUUAAUACUAGUUAAUAAAAGAAAUUUUCUAAUUAAAUUCUUUUUCCAUUUUGCCUUCGUCCUGAUAAGGACGGUUUGUCUAUGUUGAUACAAGACGGGAAUCUUUUAAAACAAUUCAAACCUUGCCGACGAUUGUUUUUACUGCGUACAUCCAUACCAUCUUUCCCCUUUCGCAGCUCACACCGAAUGAGCACGGUUUUCAUCAUGGUGUUCCUAUUUAUUGACUUUACAAUGCAGAUGGAAGGACGUCCUUUUGUUCGAUAAAUGAAAAUAUUUUCAUCAUUCGUUUUGGUGUAGCUUUCGCUUAGUGGCAGAGUUGCCACAUUCACUGAUUUUCUUGGAAGGAUUUGCAAAAACCUUCGGGUUUGUAGAUUGGAAACACAUUUUCUUAUGAUUCACUGGUAAAAGUACAGAAUUACCAAGCGCAAACUUAAUACUAGUUAAUAAAAGAAACUUUCUAAUUAAAUUCUUUUUCCAUUUUGCCUUCGUCCUGAUAAGGACGGUUUGUCUAUGUUGAUACAAGACAGGAAUCUUUUAAAACAAACAUACGAUCUUUCCCCUUUCGCAGCUCACACCGAAUGAGCACGGUUUUCAUCAUGGUGUUCCUAUUUAUUGACUUUACAAUGCAGAUGGAAGGACGUCCUUUUGUUCGAUAAAUGAAAAUAUUUUCAUCAUUCGUUUUGGUGUAGCUUUCGCUUAGUGGCAGAGUUGCCACAUUCACUGAUUUUCUUGGAAGGAUUUGCAAAAACCUUCGGGUUUGUAGAUUAGAAAAACAUUUUCUUAUGAUUCACUGGUAAAAGUACAGGAUUACCAAGCGCAAACUUAAUAUCAGUUAAUAAAAGAAACUUUCUAAUUAAAUUCUUUUUCCAUUUUGCAUUCGUCCUAAUAAGGACGGUUUGUAGAUAACUAUGUUGAUAUAAGACGGGAAUCUUUUAAAACAAUUCAAACCUUGCCGACGAUUGUUUUUACUGCGUACAUCCAUACGAUCUUUCCCCUUUCGCAGCUCACACCGAAUGAGUACGCUUUGCAGUCUUCGAUGUUUUGGUGGCAUUUUAGUGGCAGUUACUACCGCUUUUUCAGUGACUGCGUUUCUUAGCCUUUGGCUUUUUGGCCUUCUCACCGCCACCACCUCCACCAACGUUUUUCUGCUUCUCUCCGAUGGUAGCUUAUUUGAUUGAUCGUCCGAUGCAGCUUCUCACGACCACGCACGUCUGUUAUGCACUGCGUCUUAGGGCCCAGAUAAGCUGAAAUUCCGUUCCGAUUCCGUUCCGUUUUGACGUUGUGGAUCGCAGUGGAACUUAUGUUCAACCCUGUGCAUAUGUCUAAACCAGAGCAAAACAAAUCGAUCAUCUCUUUUUCUCCUAUCAAUUUUUCUUUCGUGUGUCAUCAUGCGUUGCGUUACCAGUCAGAAAGAGAUAAAAAACUUUGUUUACAUAUAGUAUUAAAAGCAGCAAACGAAAAUUUCAAUCACAUUUUAAAUCUUUCUGCAAUUAAAAAUAUAUAUUAGCAAAAGUUUUUCACUACAAUCGGAGCAUAAAAAAGUUCCGGAAGUGCUUGUGGAGUUUUGUUGUUGUUUUUCCGAAUAGUAAGCUAGCGAGAGUGGAUAUUUUUUAACACCAUGUCAACAAAAAUGACAAAUUGUUGAUGAGCGAUGUACGGUUGAAAUAAUGCCUGAUGAUAAAUUCUAUUCUAUUGCGAACAAUAAAUCACCUUUGUGUAUUGGUAUUAUGAUGUUUGAAGGCUCUUUUGUAUGGCAAUACAAAUUACGAAAUUACAACGAGUGAAACGUGUUAGCAUCUUUGAUACACAGCUGCUAUUUGGACCAGCGAUCAUGCAGUUUUGAAGGCUACACGUGGAAAUGGAUACCCUCGAUACGAGAUUUCAACGUGCCAUAAUGCGAUUUGGAGCUGGCUGAUAACUAUUCGACUAAAACUAUAUAAGGAAUAGACAAACGAAUGAAAUAUCA